UCUAACCUCGUUUAAACGCAUUCCGUCGUCUCCGACGGUUCUCUAUCUCUCUCCGCGUUUUCUCCGUUAGGUUUCCGUUUCUUCUUCUUUUUUCUCGGCCUUUUGCCCGGAGAAUUUUCGCUCUGUCAUUUUCCAUUUGUGGUUGUUGAAAGCAAUUGCAUUCUGUUUUUUGUUCUUGUUCUUUGAAUCCUUCGUUUGGUUUGUGUCGAUUCUUUGAUUUCCAGAUCUGCAUGGUGAAGAACGGAUUCAGUGGUUAAGUUUUGGUUGUUUUUUUCGAUUUUGUAGCUUGAUUUUGUUCUUGUUCCUGUGAAAUUCUUCUUCUGAGCGGAUCGCGGUGGGAUAUUUCAAGUUUAUAGGGGAGCGUGGUGAAUUUGGCGGUGGAAAUAGCUACUUUUUCUGCUUCUUUUGGGGGGGUAGCCGGGGCCUCGGCCUCGGCGGGUUUUAAAGCCCCCACUUGCACAAACUCUGAAAAUUAUCGUUCCAUUUUCUUAACAAUUGUUCUAACCACUCUCAUCGUUCUUUGAUUUUUCUUUUUCCAUUUUCUUCUUCGUAUUCAUUUCUUGAUCCGUCGCCGGAGAGAUGCCGGCCCUAGCUUAUUGCGUGGAUGCUACUGCAGCUCCUCCUCCUGGCUACGCUUUUGCUGGGGAUAGCUCUCUUCCGUCGCCGGACUUAUUUUCCGGCGGACCUCCGGAGACUACCAUCUUCACCUCUCCCGUCUCUGCUCCCACCUCUGAAAAUCUGUCUUGGACUCCUUCUCUUUCUUCUUCCCUUUACAAGAUCGAUGGAUGGGGUGCCCCUUAUUUUUCUGUUAAUGGCUCUGGAAAUAUGGCUGUUCGUCCUUACGGUACGGCCACUUUACCGCAUCAGGAGAUUGAUUUGCUCAAAAUUGUGAAGAAGGCUUCAGAUCCGAUUAGCUCUGGCGGCCUCGGGUUACAGCUUCCUCUUAUUGUGCGCUUUCCUGAUGUGCUUAAGAAUCGUCUUGAAUCUCUCCAGUCGGCAUUUGAUCAUGCCAUUCAAUCUCAGGGAUAUGGUUCUCAUUACCAGGGUGUUUUCCCGGUUAAAUGCAACCAGGACAGGUUUGUUGUUGAGGACAUAGUGAAAUUCGGAUCUCCUUUCCGUUUUGGUCUCGAAGCUGGCUCGAAACCAGAGAUCCUCCUAGCAAUGAGCUGUUUGUGCAAAGGGAAUUCAGAUGCCCUUUUGGUGUGCAAUGGUUUCAAGGAUGCGGAGUACAUUUCUUUGGCUCUUAUUGCCAGGAAGCUUGCUUUGAACUCGGUGGUUGUUCUCGAACAAGAGGAAGAGCUCGAUUUAGUGAUUGAUUUGAGCAAAAGACUCUUCGUUCGCCCUGUGGUUGGCGUGCGUGCGAAGCUGAGAACCAAACAUUCUGGUCAUUUUGGGUCUACGUCUGGCGAGAAAGGGAAAUUUGGACUUACGACCACCCAGAUUCUUCGGGUGGUCGGGAAACUUAAACAGCAUGAUAUGCUUGAUUGCCUUCAAUUGCUACAUUUUCACAUUGGAUCCCAGAUUCCUUCCACUACCUUGCUCGCCGAUGGCGUUGGUGAGGCUGCUCAGAUCUAUUGUGAAUUGGUCCGUCUCGGUGCCAACAUGCGCGUAGUUGACAUUGGAGGUGGUCUGGGUAUUGACUAUGACGGUUCGAAGUCUCCGGACUCUGGGUUAUCUGUUGCAUAUGAACUCGAUGACUAUGCCUCUAUGGUUGUUGACGUAAUUCGCUCUGUAUGCGACCGUAGGUCCGUGAAGCACCCAAUACUUUGCAGUGAAAGUGGUCGAGCAAUCGCCUCUCAUCACUCUGUUCUGAUUUUUGAGGCCGUUUCUGCUAGUACUUAUGAGGUCCCAUCCAUGAGCUCUAUUGAACUUCAGUAUCUUGAUGGGCUAACAGACGAUGCUCGCCUAGAUUAUCAGAACCUCUCGGCUGCUGCUUGUAUGGGUGAGUAUAAGACAUGCUUGCUGUAUGCAGACCAAUUGAAACAACGCUGCAUUGAGAAAUUCAAGGAUGGGUGUUUGGGAAUGGAACAACUGGCUGCUGUGGAUGGCCUUUGUGCUCUCAUUUCGAAGGCUGUUGGAGAGUUGGACUCUGUAAGAUCUUAUCACGUGAACCUCUCUAUUUUCACUUCCAUUCCAGAUUUCUGGGGUAUUGAUCAGCUGUUCCCUAUAGUCCCCAUUCAUCGUCUUGAUCAGAGACCUUCAGUGAGAGGCAUUCUCUCUGAUCUUACCUGUGACAGUGACGGGAAGAUCGACAAGUUCAUCGGUGGCGAGUCGAGUUUGCCAUUGCACGAGAUGGAAGGCAAUGGUAAUUUGUCAGGUGGAGGUGGGCGAUACUAUCUUGGGAUGUUUCUGGGCGGGGCUUAUGAGGAGGCUCUCGGUGGUGUUCACAACCUGUUUGGUGGCCCGAGCGUAAUUCGAGUAAUGCAGAGCGAUGGACCGCAUAGCUUUGCGGUAACUCGCACUGUGCCUGGGCCAUCAUCUGGGGACAUCCUCCGAGUGAUGCAGUACGAGCCCGAACUCAUGUUCGAGACGCUCAAGCACCGAGCAGAGGAGUUUGGGCAGGAAGAUGAUGAUGGUGGUGAGGGCAUAGCCAACAGCUUGGCCAUGUCCUUCCGCAACAUGCCUUAUUUGGGUAGCCCAUCUUCCUGUUUCAAUGAUACUGAUUACAAUGGUGCUGUGGAUUCUGGUGCUGGCGAUGAUGCCGAGCAGUGGACUUACUGCUAUGCUUGACAGAGUUGUUUAGACUUCGUUGUCCUCAGCCAUCCCUACUUAGCUAUUGCCUUUCUUCUCUAGUGGGUCUGUUUUUGUUGUCCUUAUGGGUCCGUCGAUGUAUUUCCAUGAAUUUUCCA